AUGUUUAAACCUACAACUUACAGCGAAUUAUAAAAAAGAAAGAAAAUGGUUAUUGGAAUGCAUCUCAUUGAUCCCUCUGAUAGAUAUCAUUAUUUUAACAUAGUUGGUGGAAAUAAUUAAGUCAAAUAGAAAACAAGUUCCAUAAGUUAAUAACAUAAAUAUGAGAAUUAUACUCCUAGAUAAAUGAUGACUUUACCUGUUACACCUAAUAGUAAAUGUCCUUCAUUUUUCGAAUAAUCUUAAUUAUUAAUCUCUAAAUAAGUUAGCAUAACACCAAGAAUUAAAUAAGUAAGAUAGCAGACAAAACCAGUAUUUAUGUAAUUAAAAACGCAAAUAAUGGAUAAAAAAGGAAAUGAAUCAUUCAAACUUAAAGAAACAAUUAAAAGUCCAAUUAAAAACAAGAAGAAUGAUUUAAAGAAAAAAAUCUUAUUAGAAUUAGCUUAACCUUCAGACUUUGAUGAUUUUGUUGAUUAUGUAUGUAAUAAGAAAUUAAUAUGA